AUGGAAUAUGAAAGCCAUAACAAUUUGUCAAAUGGGAUCAAAACAGAGUGCCCUGAAAGUCCUUGCCUAAAGACAACAAACAACAACAGCAACAACAACAAAGAACAGGACCGUUUUCUCCCUAUAGCCAAUGUGGGAAGAAUCAUGAAAAAAGUGAUUCCCCAAAAUGGGAAAAUCUCAAAGGAUGCAAAAGAGACAGUUCAAGAAUGUGUGUCAGAGUUCAUUAGCUUUGUGACUGGGGAAGCAUCUGACAAAUGCCAAAGAGAAAAGAGAAAGACCAUCAAUGGGGAUGAUAUCAUAUGGGCCAUCACAACCUUAGGCUUUGAGGAUUAUGUGGAACCAUUAAAAACUUACCUCCAGAAAUAUAGAGACAUAGAAGGAGAAAAGCCUAAUAUUCCAAAGCAACUUCGUUCUGAACAAAGGCUACAACACCACCAUCAUAACCAAGAUGAAAAUAAUCAACCAUUCAACAGUGUAUAUAAUAACCCAACAAAUCUCAUUUCUCAGCCUCCCUAUGUGGUCACUGGUCAACAAUUUUCACUCCCCUUCUCCCCAAAUUCAAUUCAAAAACAGCUACGGCCUCAAGACCAGAUUGAUUCAUUGGGGCAUUGGUACGAGUGA